AUGUGCUCCAGCCGCAAAAUCCUAUGGAGUCUUCUCCUCCUCUCCGUGGUGGAGGUGGGCCUGGGCGUGGCGAGCAUCGUGCUCGGAGCGGUGGGCAUCAGCUGGGUUCGAGGGGAGCACAAGCCGCAGCAGGGCGACGCGUCUCCAGUGUGGAGCGGACUCUGCUUUCUUCUCUGCGGGAUGUGUGGCGUACUGUGCGCUCGAAAGCGAACCGGCCUUACUAUGAUCUUAUUCUCCGCGUGUUGCAUCUGCGGUCUAAUCGGCGGAAUCCUCAACUUCCAGUUCGUGCGCGCGCUCAGCAAGCGACCCGAUUCCAUGCAGUCCGUCCACCUGGCUGCUAUGACGCUGGCUUGUUUGGGAAUCUCUUCAUGUACAUUAUCCACUUGGCUUACCUGUCGUUUGGCUAGUUCGGAGCAACAGAGGAUGUUUUUGGAAAGGGAGCACUCGCUGCACCAUUCGCACGAGAUGACAGAAAAGGUAGCUAUUCAACAGGAUGUCCUGGACAACUCCAGUAACGGAAUCCCUCAGAUCUCCUACAACGGGCAUGCUAGCGCAUCGCCAUGA